AUGCAGACCUUAGCUCAACGAAGCAGCAACACGGGCUACCCGAUAUACCUUUUUACUACACCAACAGCCGACCAGAACAAGUUUUGGAAAAGAACUGUCGACGUCAUCGGACACUGGGCUAUAUGCAUCAAUGGCUACUGCUACGAGCUGGCCAGAGUUAAGUCAUCUGAGAAAAACCAACGCGCGUACUCGACACGAUAUUUACCUGAGGACGAAUGGAAAAGGGUGAAGCGCGAAGAAGGCAGACGAAUCACAGAACGAGACCCGCUGGGCUAUACUGCAAGGCCAUGGACUCACGAGGAUAUAAAGUACAUGUCCGAAUUGAUUUGGAACGGUCCGCUCCAAACACAAUACAACGUCGUUAGAAAGAAUUGCCAAGACUUUGUCCGCCUUCUCGUCGACCUUGUCGGCAAUAAUGCGGUCAAGAUCACUUUCCCGGCCUUGUUAACGAAAAGGGCCAAAGAGGCUGGUAUUGCCCGUGAUCUGACAUACUUCACCCUGGCUGGUGCUGCCAUUGGUGGCGGUUCAGUCAUUGCAGGCGUGAGCCUUUUUUUUACACCAGGAGAUUUGACAGGAGUAAUGGGCACUUGUUGUGUUGCUGCUGGGAGCGUGGCUUUAGAAGCGACAAAAGAACUCUGGGAGGGUCGAAUUAAUAGGGAGGAAUAUAUAGAGAAGAGCCAGGCUGAGUUGAGGAUGCAGCUUGUACGGGAAGGAUUUCUUUCGUAA